AUGUGGAACCUUAACGACUCACCCGAUCAUCACGAUGAAUCCGACGGUAGAGGGAAUCGGGUUGGACACGUGUCAAGCUCGAUUAACCAAUCCGCCACGUGGAAGUUGUCUGUACCGCCGGUGACCCGGAAUUUUUUCCCGGGUCAAGACAUGGAACCGGAAGUUCGGGAAAUAUCCGGGACCAGUUUCACUAGAAGCCAAUGUGUCAGUCAGUCGGAUCCGAGUGGGUCGGGUCGACCGGAAGAGGCGGUGCCGGAGAUAUCGCCGCCGAUAAAUAAAAGCCGACGUGGUCCUCGCUCACGGAGCUCUCAAUACAGAGGAGUUACGUUUUACCGACGAACCGGAAGAUGGGAGUCCCAUAUUUGGGAUUGUGGGAAGCAAGUGUACUUAGGUGGAUUUGACACAGCACAUGCCGCUGCUCGUGCCUAUGAUCGAGCAGCAAUUAAAUUUAGAGGUGUAGAUGCAGAUAUCAAUUUCGACAUUGAGGACUACGUUGAAGAUUUGAAACAGAUGAGUAAUUUGACGAAGGAAGAAUUCAUGCAUAUUCUUCGAAGGCAAAGCACUGGGUUUCCAAGAGGCAGCUCUAAAUAUAGAGGUGUCACUUUGCAUAAAUGUGGAAGAUGGGAGGCUCGAUUGGGUCAAUUCUUGGGAAAAAAGUACGUUUAUUUGGGUCUAUUUGAUACCGAGAUUGAAGCUGCGAGAUCUUAUGAUAAAGAGGCAAUCAAGUGUAAUGGAAAAGACGCAGUUACCAAUUUUGACCCUAAAGUAUACGAUGAAGAGCUUAGCCCAGAGAAGUGGAAUGAUCAUCAUAAUCUUGAUCUAAGUCUAGGAGAGUCAAACUCGGAAGAGUUUGGUACCAAAUCCGAGAUUGGGAGCAUAAGGAAUAAGAUUAGAGAUGAAGAGAGGUUAUUAGGGUGCGAUCUAUCGCUGGCGAUGGCGACAACGACAACCGUCAGAUCGGAAAAACAAUCAGACGUUGGAGGAAAGCGAAUCAUAUUUUUCCCUCUGAAGAAGAAGAGAUAA